AUGAUCGCUCCUACCCGCCCUUUUAUCUUUUUGGCUGCCCUGGCUCUGGCUGGCGUCGAAGCCAAAUCGGACUGUUGGACCUCCGUCCACAACGAGACAAUUGCCUGCUUCAACAGCGCCCCCAUUGCCUUCAGCUUCGAUCUCGACACGGCAUCUGAUUGUCAGAGCUGGUGUGGGAAGAUUCCGAACUGUGAGGCUUGGAUCUAUAUCAACCAGUCAAGCCAAUGUGACCUUCACCGCACCGCGCCAGUGAGCAUUUCGGACAACAGUGGCUUUACUUUUGGCGGAUGUGACCCUGUCCCCAUCAUUGAGACUCGGCCGGUUGCUACUCCGAUCCCAUCAUCCAAUGUCACGGCAAGCAGCACUCGCGCGGCAACAGAGACCAGUAGUUCAGUACGCUUUGGAUCCUUCAAUCUCUUUCCAUUUAGAGUCUUGGCUGACAAUAGAUUUCUCUAG